UAUAUAGUACUAUAUAACAAUAAGAACACCAGGCAUUUAGAGACACACAGAAUCUCUGAGACCCAGAAAGCCAAAUACACACAGAAGAGAGUAUCAGGGCGACCAGAAUCACUGAGAACACAAAGAUGGCUAAUCCAAUGAGCAUGACAAUUCUUGUUGUUGUUGUUCUAACUGCACUAGCAGCAGUGGUACAAGUAACAGAAGCUGUUAAUUAUGUGGUAGGAGAUACUACCGGUUGGGCCGUUCCUUCCUCUUCAACCUUUUACACAACCUGGGUUAACGGGAAAAACUUUUCUCUUGGUGAUGUUCUAGAGUUCAACUUCAUGACUGGCCAACAUGACGUAGCCACAGUAAACAAAAUCGCUUAUGACGCCUGCUCCAUCGCCAAUACUAUCACCACUGUAAACACAGGACCAUAUAACUACACCAUAAAUUCCACUGGCACCCACUACUUCAUCUGCACCUUCUCAAGCGGUGGUCACUGUAGUGGUGGACAAAAGUUGGCCAUUAGCGUCGGGAGCUCCACAAGCGCCGCUUCACCAGGAUCACCCCCUACUACACCUUCUUCUUCACCACCACCACCAGCCGGCAGCUCCGCCUCAUCUCUUGCAGCUACCUUGCCUCUUGUUUUCAUGACUAUUGCCUUAGCUUUCUUUUAUUAGUUUUAUAUUUGUUUAAUUUCUUGCUUUUGUCCCGUGUAGUAAUUAAACUCAGCUUUAUUAUUAUGUGGCUAUUUUUUCUUUUUUAUUGAGAGAUAUUAUGUUGCUGUUGAUGACCAUUAGUUUGAUGAAAUUAUUGAGAGAUAUUAUGUGGCUGUUAAUAGACCAUUAGUUUGAUGAUAAUUGUGCUGUAUUUGAAUAAAUCUUUUUGAGAAGUUCA